AAGACCUGGACCAAAAUCCUUCAGCAAGAUAAGUAAAUGUUUAUGGAUUCUGUGUAGUUGUUUCACAGUGACCACAAACUUAGAGUUGCUGCACGUUUUUACAAAAACCUUUCCUGACAUAUAUUCCAUGCCCUUUCCAGCUAAUGUAGAUCAGCAUUUUCUUUCAUAAUGAUUACCUACUGUGUCAUGCCCAGUGUUCAUUACUUCGCUUUGGAAAACAUUUUCUAUUAUGCUCUCUAAUCUCUGAUUGGGUCAAAACCUGAAGAACAGAGUUUACAAUUCAAAUUAUUAUUCUUACUGGUGUUAAGUAUAGACAAAAAGGCAGUUGAAGUAAAAAGGCAAUCAGAUAUUGGGCAACUCGUGGCAUUAAUGACACCAUAGAGUCAUAGAAAAGUGCAGUGAAGAAACAAGCCCUUUGACUUAUCUGUGCCGAACCAUAUAAACUGCCUAAUCCCGUCAGUGAGAAGGUUAAGAGUUAAUAAAAAUUAGAUCUCCUUGAUGAAUACUAGCAUUCUUUGGUCACUUUAGCACAUGGAAAACAUGCACAGAAAAUGACUUAUGACCAAUUUUAAUAUGCUAAGCUAUCACCAUGCCAUUGCAAACUGAAACUAUUCCUAGAUUAGUUACUGACACUAGUUUAUUUCCCAUUUUAUCAUCUUUCCCUUAUCCGGUGGGGUUUGCUGGAUUUACUGAGUGAUAUCAGUUACAAAUGCAGCUGCUAACAUGAAGCUAAAAACUGUAGUUUAUGCUAAUUUUUGUAGAAGCAGGAUAUUAUUGAUGGUGAUUCAUUCUCUUUACCUGAACUGGAUGAGAACAACUAAUCUAGCAUCACAGUUUCAGUUAGGAAGGAUCAGUGUUGGGAUCGCUUCUUUCUAUGUUGUAUGGCAAAGAUUUAGAUCAGUGGUCCCCAACCACUGUCCGUGACCCAGAUGAGCGACUUUAUGGUUUUGUGGAUGAUAUGAAGAUUGAUGGAGGAGCAGGUAGUGCUGAGAAAGCUGAAGGAAUUAGACAGAUUAGGAGAAUGGGCAAAGAAGUGGCAGAUGGAAUACAAUCUAGGGGUAAAAGUGUAGACUAUUUUCUAAAUGGGGAGAAAAUUCAAAAAUCUGAGGUGGAAAGGGACUUGGGAGUCCUUGUGCAGGAUUCCCUAAAGGUUAACUUGCAAGUUGAGGCAGUGUUGAGGAAGGCAAAUGCAGUGUUAGCAUUCAUUUUGAGAGGACUAGAAUAUAAAAUCAAAGAUGUAAUGCCGAGGGUUUAUAAGGCACUGCUGAGGCCUCACUUUGAGUAUUGUAAGCAGCUUGGGUCCCUUAUCUAAGAAAGUCUGUGCUGAUAUUGGAGGGGGUUCAGAAGAGGUUUACAAAAAAUAUUCCAGGAUUGAAAGGCAUAUGAUAUGAGAAGCAUUUGAUGGCCCUGGAUCUGUAUUUGUUCAAAUUUAGAAGACAUGAGGGGGAUCUCAUUGAAACUUAUUGAAUGUUGAAAGGCCUGGAUAGAGUGGAUGUGGAGAGGAUGUUUUCUAUAGUGAAGGAGUCUAGGACCAGGGGGCACAACCUCAGAAUAGAGGGACAUCCAUUUAGAACAGAAACGAGGAGGAAUUUCUUUGGUCAGUUGGUGGUGAAUCUAGAAUUUGUUGCCACUGGCGGCUGUACAGGCCAGGUCAUGGAGUGUAUUUAAAGCAGAGGUUGAUAGUUUCUUGAUAGGUCAGAGGGUGAAAGUUUACAAGGAGAAGGCAGGGGAAUAGGGUUGAGAGGGAAAUGGAUCAGCCAUGAUCAAACGGCGGAGCAGACUUGAUAGGCGUAAUGGCCUAAUUCUGCCCCAAUGUUUUAUGAUCUUAUGGAGUACAUCAUCUGCCUGCCACUCAUUGGGGUUAUGGUUGAUGUUACUUCUUAAGCCCCUAUAUUCUGGGUCAUAGGCUGCCGACAGCAGCUCACCAGAGUCCUCUAUCCUGGGCUGCUAGAAGGUGACUGGCUCUGUGACGUUUACAGGACUCUCUGUAAAUCCGGAGUAGCAUAUAUCAGCCACAUGGUACGCAGGGUGGAAACCUGCAUCAAGGAGCACAGGAGAUGUAUCCAUUUGGAUUAUUCGCAGUGGCCAUAAGAUUGACUUUGACGGCACAAAACUGCUGUGCCGCACCAAUGGCUUUUGGGACUGUCUGGUAAAAGAAGCCAUUGAAAUGAAACUAGAGAAAAAGAAUUUUAAUGAAGACGAAGGUCUCGCUCUGAGUACGAACUGCAAUUUGAUUAUAAACAAGAUGGGAGAAUGGAUAUCUGAUUGGAUGAGGACUAGCCAAAUAGGACAGACAGACUAUGGGGGUGUAAAUAACACCAGAUUAGACAUACCAGGCAUCAUCCCUGAAGAAGAUGGCAGAGUUUGUCAUUGAAACGACAGUUAUAAUCGAUACCUGACCUGGCUGGACAUCCAAGAACUGUUUAUACAUUACCACACAUGAUGUUUACAAUAACUUCUUAUUCUCUAACAGCACAACUUUCUGAUCAUAUCACAUUUCAAAACUUCAUUCUAACCAGUCCUUUUGUGUGUUUCUUUUUCUUUUGAAAAAAACUGAUUAAGUUAUCUUUUCAAAUGGGAAAUAUUGAGGGAUACUUCCCAUUUAUGUGGCUGUCACAAGAGAGUUUGUAAUUUCCUGCUUUGUGGGUGUUGAAAACCCCUUUUGUAAGCAUUCCUGCUAUGUUUCGUCUUUCUACUCACUCCACCCAAGUUGUUGCUUGGAUAAUAUUUCCAGUCACAGAGGAAUUUUGCCACUUCGUCGGUCAAACAAUGCCAAAGAAUGAUCCGAUCAGAAAGAGUUCAUCUGCCAUUGAAGGAAGAACCAGAGUCAUGGUAUCCAGUCUUGCAUUACCCAUGUGCACCUUAUUUUUCCUCUUGACCUAUCCAGACAUAAUAUGGGGAGAAGCACUCAAGCCUGCAGCAGCCUCACCAAUUAUCCACAAUAAGCCAUUCAUUGUGGUCUGGAACACGCCUACUGCACAAUGUAAAACUAAGUUUAACAUUGAGUUGGAUCUGAGUGUUUUUGAUAUUGUUGAAAAUGAACAUGAGAGCUUUGUGGGGAAAAAUAUUACUAUAUUCUAUAAGUUAAAAUUGGGUCGUUACCCAUUCUACACUAAGGAAUUGAUUCCAGUGAAUGAUGGCCUUGUCCAGAUUGCCAGUCUGACUGAACACCUCAAGAAGGCUGCAGAAGACAUUAAUAAUUUACUAGAUGUGCACUUUCAUGGUCUUGCUGUGAUAGAUUGGGAAGAAUGGCGACCACUCUGGGACCGUAACUGGGGAUUUAUGGAUAUCUACAGGAAAAAAUCUGAAGAAUUGGUUAGAAGCAAAUUCCCCUAUUUACCUGAAAGGAAGGUUGUCCAGUUAGCCAUAGAAGAAUUUGAAAAUGCUGCAAAAAAAUUUAUGAGUGAAACACUAAAACUAGGACAGAAACUGAGACCAAAGGGAUUCUGGGGCUUCUAUAAAUUCCCAGAAUGCUACAAUUACUUUAAAGAGGAUGCACCAACCAAUUACACAGGCCACUGCAAUCCAAAAGAUGUUCAAAGAAAUAGCCAGCUAUCGUGGCUCUGGAAAGUAUCACGAAUCCUGUAUCCCAGCAUCUACAUCAAAAAGGAUAUGAAGUCCACAAUUAAUACUCAAAAAUUUGUUCACUAUCAAAUUAAGGAGGCCCUCCGUACUGCUGCCCUUAAUCAAGUCAGUGAAUCCCUGCCUGUUUUGGCAUAUGCCAGAUUUGUGUAUAUACAUUCACUUGACUUCCUUACUGAGGCAGACUUGAUACACACCAUUGGGGAGAGUGCUGCCAUGGGAACUUGUGGAGUGGUUCUAUGGGGGGACAUGGCCAUCUCACGCACCAGGGGGAGAUGUGAAGCACUUAAAGAUUACCUUGAUCAGGAGCUUGGAAGAUAUGUUCUCAAUACAACUUUAGCUGCUACAUUAUGCAGCAAAGUUAUGUGCAGUGGCCAUGGACGAUGUGUGCGGCAAGACCCUGAAUCCCAAAGCUAUCACCAUCUCAGUCCCAGAAGCUUUGAGAUUAUCUCUGCUCUUACAUCCUCUGGCUCUGCAUUAACAGCCCGUGGAGCCUUGAAUUUGGAAGAUGUGCAAAGCAUGAAAGAGCAGUUCAAAUGCCACUGCUAUAAGGGAUGGAUGGGAGCUCAUUGCCAAGAAACAUCAUUAAUAUAGUGAGAAAUCAGUAGUUGUUUAUCCUCCCCAUUUUUUAAUUCUUGGAAAUGGUAAUUCAUAUUUAAUACAAUCAUGUGCCUUACAUUUUUAUCUGUGUCAAUAUGUACUAAGUUUUCAAAGUCAGUGAUCGGACUUAAUGGAAACACCUCAGCACCAACUGUAAUUUGUAAACAAUUAUUGUAAUAUUAAUGCAAAAUUGCAUCAGUGAAACCACACGCCUGCUGAGUGAGCAAAUCUCUGAUCACACUUUCAUGGAAUGCAAUAUAUGAUCUUUCUACAAGGCCUGCUCCUUAAUGAUUGGCAUUAAAAAUGGUUCACAAUGCAAUUUUAUUAUUAUCUGGAGGAAAGAGUAAGUACUGUAAUCACAAGACAAAAUCAGUUUGAAACUUGACGGAUAAAUAUCGUAGACACUUCAGAAUAGCUGUGUUUCUUUCAAGUUAGCACUUGUAAUGGCAGAUGAGUACCUCGCUAUUGACUCAAUGUUGUCCAGAUUUCAGCAGUUGCUAAUAAAGUUGGAAGUUACAAUGGUCUUUUUGAUGCAAACUGAU